AUGUUGCUCUCCAACCGACCCUCGGCGUUCAAAAUAUUUACUUCUACCUCACUUAUUACCUUGUGCAUCAUCAUCGUCUUUAGUUAUCACAUCUGGAGCCUCGACAGCUGGAAGCGGGUCGGUAUGGAAACCGUACCCGGAAGGGCGCCAUUGGCAAUCGGGAUACCAGAGAAAAUAUGGUACAAACUUGGCCCGAAAGGCCUGAAUGACCAAUCUCAACAAUGGAUUGAUACUUGCCUCAAGAAAAACCCCACCUACAAAUCCGAGUUCAUGACAGAUCUCUCGGGCGACGCCUACGUUAAGAAGAAUUUCGCAUUCCGACCCGACAUUGUCGAAAACUACCUCGCCCUCCCUAUCCCUAUCCUCAAAGCCGAUUUCCUCCGCUACCUACUUCUCCUUGCUGAAGGCGGAAUCUGGAACGAUCUCGACGUCUCAUGUGAAGAAGUACCGAUCCGCGACUGGAUACCCGCGCAAUACAAAGGCAAUGCCAGUGUCGUCGUGGGAUUGGAGUUUGAUUUUGGGUGGGGGCAUAACUUUGUGCGCCAAUUUACGAGUUGGACGCUCAUGGCGAAACCCGCGUCGCCCCACAUAUUGAUGGUAGUCGACGAUAUUCUGGAGGGGUUGCGCGAGGCGACCAGCAGACGCAAUGUUACGGUCGCAGAGUUGACGCUCGACAUGAUCGGCGACGUGGUGGAUUUCACGGGCCCUAGGAGACUGACACGCAGUAUCCUCAAAAGCUUGGAACUGACUCUUAAGGACAAGGUUGAUGAUAAGAAUAUCUCUCUCCUUCUGGAACCGAAGUUGAUCGGCGAUGUCUUGGUUCUACCCGGAUAUUCGUUCGCAUCGUCAUCAAAUCGCUAUAAAGAGAAAAUGGGCCCGGCGCUGGUCACGCACCAUUAUGCUGGCACAUGGAAGAAUGACCAAGGUGGGGAGGUGGCUUGA